UAUUACAGUUACCCUUGUUUUUUUCCCUCUCACUCCCACACACACUAGAGAGAGAGAGAGAGAGAGAUGAAGGGAACGUCCAAAGUGAUUAUGGGGGCAACCCUGGUCAUGUUGGCGAUUCUUGCCACAGUAUUAGGCCUGGUCCUAAUUCUCUUAGCUGAGCUCUACUGCUCCAUGCUACUCCGCCGCCGCCGCAAACCGACCCCAUCCACCACCGCCGCCACCGCCUCCAACACUCCGGCGAACGACUCCUCCUCCUCUCCUUCCCACCCACUUCAAGACCAAAUUUUGUCUCCCAAACCUCUUAGAACCUUCCAUGCACACGGAGUACUCGAUGCUCCAAGAAGCUUUCUCUACCCCGCCGUCGUCCACGGCGAAGAAUACACGGCGGUGGACGUCGAGAAGCAGCAACACACCCAACAACCACCCGCUGCCGCCGCAUGGUCGCCGCCACUCUCUCCUCCCUUCAUCAUCUCAUUGACCCCACCAAACCCAGUUGACAAAAUUAAUCUAAUGUAUGAUGAGGAUGGGGGACAGCAUCUGGUUUACAUAUGUAAUCCAAUUUAUGAUGAGGACGGGGGCAGGGGAAGCAGGUUGGAUACCCCAUUCGAGACACCAGACACGUCGCCUUCGCGGUUGGGAGACGAGGGGUUUCCCGGCGAAGGAUCUUCGCUGGCGUCGUCCAGUCCCGAUUCGUGGGUUGUGGGCGUUGUGGCAAGCACGCCUCCGUUGUCGCCGAUGAAGAAGCUUCCGGCGGAGGGGUGUUCCGUUUCUUUGAAAGAUGCUCGUUCGUUGGCCACUUCUAGCGAUUCUAACAGCAAUAGUGACUCAUCUUCAGCUUCUCCAUGUACUUCUCCUUCCUGGUGAUUUCCUCUGGGUUUCGCAGGGUUUAGUGUUUCUUGUCUUUUUCCUCUUUUAGAAAGCCUAUUCUGACACGAAUGUGUCUGGAACUAUCUAAUGCAUGUGAACCGUAAAAUAUUAAGGAAUCCACAUGGAUCGAACAAUUUCCGAUACAGAUGUAUCCAGAAUUAUGCACGUUUAUUUGUGCAUGUAAGGUUGCUCUUCUUUUUCUUUUGUUUUGAGAUGACUUCUGUCUGGUUUGUUGGAUGGUAAUUGUUGUUUGACAACAGUUAUAUGAUUCGAUCAUUUUGU